AUGCCAGGUAUAUGUGGACAUCUGGAGCAGUCCAUCGCAUAUUUGGCUUCAAAAUGUCAUGCGAAAGCGACGCUUUUGAACGUGAACAAGUUCAUCAACCCAAGGUUCGGAACUAUUGCUUUUGAGGAAGGUGCGGAACAGCGGCCUCUUAACGCUGCAGAAAAUCGUUUGAGCACCUUGAAAGUAUUUUUUGUCACGACCAAGGAGUGCUACGAUCACCACUGGGAAGAGUUGAAGGCUCCUAACACUAUAUGA